CUGGAUCGCGUCGGUGACACGAUACACAAACAUACACUAACACAUCGGGAGCGAGUCGCAGGACGUCUACCCGCGACCGAUUAUCGACAGAGACUGAGCCGGCAGCCGACAGCCGUGAGCCGUGAGCCGAGGGCCGAGCUGGCUCCCGGUGAACCAGUCGGGCACGAGUCUGCCUCCGAACAGCUGAUGGCCGUCCGCGCACCUGUGAACCAUAAAGACGCUCUCUUUCCCGCGUACGCGCAGACCUUAUUGUAG